GACUUAGCGACACCAUAAUUUUAAAGAGCUGGAAAACACGUGUGCGUACGGCUUUAGCAGAUUUAUUUAAAGUGUUUUGAUAAGGAGAUGUCAAGAUGAAAGGACCUGGAAGGAUCAAGAACAAGGGAGCAAAGGGAAAGAGAUGGAAAAAGGGCCAGAGCUGCGUGACCAACCCACAGAAGAAAGGGCACAGAGAGGCAGCAAAACAGAACAGGUUUCUGCCUUCUAAUUUCAGGAAAGCUCCCAGACAUUCUGAAAGUGGAUUGACACAGAAAGCUCUCGAUGAGCACAAUGUGGUGCAAGGGGACAGCGAUGUCAUGAUGGGGGGCGUGGCCUCGGACAGUGUCUCUGUCGGUGGGGAGACUUAUGGUACAUUCUUGAGCGGGGUGACCGACUGUUCCCAGCCUGCCUUCAAUCGGGUCAAGAGGUAUUGGGAGUCAAGCUCCGCUAGUCAUAAAGAGAUUUGUGCUGUUUUGGCUGCCGUGACUGAAGUGAUACGGGAGAAAGGUGGCAAGGAAACAGAGACGGAAUAUUUUGCUGCUUUGAUGACCACACUGGAUAGUGUAGAUGAUGAUGAAGCAGUGUCUGCCGUGCUUUUCCUGUUGUCUCUUAUCAUCAAAAGAGUACCAUCAUCGAUAUUAAAGCUGAAGUUUUCUGUUUGCUGUCAGACACUGCUUAAGAUCCUAGCCCAGCAAUCAUCGUCGCCUGCCGCGGCCACAUCGGUCGUUCGGUCCACCCUCUCCUGUCUCAGCACCAUCCUGCGAGUCCAGGACCCGCUAGUUUGGUCCGACUCCUCUACGCUUCAAAUAUAUCAUGGCAUUCUCAACUAUGCCAUUCAUUCAAAACCAAAGGUACGCAAAGCUGCUCACCAUGCCGUUUGCUCUAUUCUGAAAGGAAGUAAAUUCAUGACCUUGCCCGACCCGCCUUCCCAUCAUCCCGCAGCUGUGACUACGUCAAAGUUCUGUGUGCAGCAGAUAGAGCAACACGGAGGUACUGGAGAGGCAGGAACAACGUGUCAUGUGUUGACCCUUCUCAAAGAUAUUCUUGUGUCCUUUCCCAAGAAUCAACUCAAGACGACAUGUGAAACCAUAUUAAAGGUCAUGACCCUGAGCAAUGUGCUUGUGACAUCAGUAUCGAUGAAGGCACUGCAUGGAAUGUUCACCAUGCAGCCAAGCCCUGCUAGUCUCCCUCCAGACCUGAAUGCUCAGCUGAUCAAUGCCCUGUAUGAUUACCAGCCGGGUGAGAGUGAUUCCCAAGCCAUGCAGGCGUGGCUGGCCGUCAUGCAACAGGCUCAUCUAAAUCUAUUCAGACUGGAUGAGAAGCUUUGCGUCAGUCAUUUACCUCGUCUAUUUUCAUCAGCCAUGGUGUGUUUCCUGUCGGAUAGGGCUGAUGUUGAAGUGUCUGCUACCGGGAUACUCAAGACACUGCUCAUAGAAUGUGUGAAGCCAGCCAGGGAAAACAUCGCCAAGGACCAGGGUGCCAGUGCUUCUAUCAGGAAGAUGUUUCAGGCAGUGGAGGCAGGACUCUCCUACAAGUUCCACUCUUCAUGGGGCCUUGUCAUGAAAAUUUUGGCAGCCUUCUUCGAGGCAUAUGGCAGGGAGGGUCACAGUUUCAUGUCCAAGUGUCUCCAGACCAUGUGUGACCUCCGUGGGUCACAGCAUUUUGCCUACAAGCAGGAGCUGGACAAGGCCAUGGGGGCAGCCAUCUUGGCUAUGGGGCCUAGGCUUGUGCUCCAGGCUGCGCCACUUCAAAUCACAGGAGAUGAAGACAACUAUGAUUUUCCAAGGAGCUGGUUGAUUCCUGUGAUACGAGACAAUGUGGCAAAUACUCAGCUGAGUUUCUUCACCAAGUAUUUCCUCCCACUAGCAGCAAAACUCAGAACAAGAUCUCUUGAAUUGACGGAGCAAGGUAAGAAGGUUGAAGGGAAGACCUAUGAUGUCCUCCAGUCUCAGAUCUGGUCCUUGCUGCCUGGAUUCUGCAAGAACCCAACAGAUCUAGCAGUAGCCUUCAAAGGCAUCGCCAAGAUCUUGGGAACUGCACUCAACGAAAGACCAGACCUACGACUGGUCGUGUGUUCGGCCAUCAGGAAUCUGAUAACAAAGAACUUAGAUCAUGAGGUGAAUCGAGCGGAGUUGGCUCGCUUUGAUAAGAACUACCUACCUAUUCUCUUCAACCUGUACACCAGUGGAAACGCAAGACAGGAUGCAUCCCUCUUUGCCGUCUUAGAGACAGUCAAGGUCUAUCUCCAGAUUGCAGAUUCUAAGCUGAUUGCUUCUAUGUCAGACAAGGCUUGUCACAAGCUGGAGCAGGAAACAACUGAACGCCAGCAUGCAGUUAUGGAUCUUGUCAUCGCCAUGGCAGCCCACCUGGAUGCAGAUCACAUGACGAAGCUCUACAAGAUGAUCACUCCCAUGCUAGAGAGCACAGAUCGUACGAUGCAGAAGAAAGCUUACCGAGUGUUGGAAGAGCUGUGUGAAGCCGAAUCAACCGCUUCACAGGGUUUCCUGCAAGCUAACCUGGACAACCUUCAGACUGUUCUCUUAAAAUCACUCUCCAGCUCAUCACCAUCAUCUAAAGCACCAAGACUAAGGUGCUUGCAUCACAUCGUCAAGAGUCUUCCAGAAGAGAAUGAAGCUUUUAUCGUUGCCGUACUACCCGAGAUCAUACUCUGUACCAAAGAAAUCAAUCAGAAGGCCAGAGCAUCAGCCUUUGGGCUCCUUGUAGAGAUUGGAAACACGUUACUCAAGCACUCUGAUCAGCCAAGAGAAUUGUGUGUCAGCAAGUACUUGGAGAUGUUGGCUGCUGGCUUAGCGGGGUCACCUCAUAUGGUCAGUGCAACUGUCCUAGCUCUGACAAGGAUUCUAUUUGAGUUCAAAGACAUUAUGCGAGGCCCUCUAUUGGAGCAGUUAGUAGACGCUGUGGAUACCCUGAUGCAAGCAAAGGGACGAGAGAUACUCAAAUCUGCACUGGGACUCAUUAAGGUCUUAUGCACUGUCAUUCCUGAUGUUGUCCUAGCCCCACAUGUAGAAAAGCUUAUUCUUAGCAUAGCCGGUCUGAAAGAAGCUAACAUAAGAAACUUGAGAGCCCCAAUCAAAGGAAUAUAUGCUCGUCUAGUCCGCAAGUUUGGGUACGAGAUGAUCAGGAAGAUGAUCCCAGACCACCAUCAGAAGAUGGUGCACAACAUCAAGAAGACCCAGGAACGGACCAAGAGGCACAAGGCUCUCAAGGCUGCAUCCAAACAGGGCGAUCAAGAGGGGGGCGAGGACGAGGAAGGAGAGGAUUUUGAUGCCCUCGUACCACAGAAACCUAAACCUGAAAGCAUCGAGGAGAUUCUUCAGGAAACAGACUCAGAGAGUGAUGUGGAGGAUGAGGACGCCAAAGAUGCCAAGUCAAAGGUCAAAGGUCGCAAGACAAAGAAGGUGGCAGGUCAGCGAGGCAAGGCAUGGUUGAAGGAAGGAGAGAAAGAAGACGCACCUCUUGACUUCCUUGAUCCUAGUGUAUCAAGAAGAGUCCUUGCCACCAAACCGGAAUCAAAGGAGACCCAAUCAGCGGGUCACAUCAAGCAUAACUUUAAGACCCUUCCCGAUGGUAGGCUCCUCAUUGCAGAGAUGGAAGAAGAAGAAGCGGAGAAGGUGAAGGGAAAGAAGAAACAAGGAGGGAAGGCCAAAGGAGGAGGAGCAGCGACUGACGAUUUGGAGGAUAUGAUGGAUGAUGAAUUUUCAAAGUUUCAAAAGACAACAAAAAGGAAGCUUGAGGAUCUCAGUAUAUCAGAUGAUGAAGACGAGACGCCUACCAAGUACAAAGCUGGAGGGAGCGGUAUCCAUCGUCCAAUCGGGGUCCCUAAGAAAGAGAAACCUGUCGUGAAACCUGGUCAGGAAUACGCAGCUAAGAAAGCCGGCGGUGACAUGAAGAAGAAAGGAAAACAGGAUCCAUUUGCAUAUAUUCCACUCAACAGACAGCAACUGAAUAGAAGAAUGAAGAAAAAGGCAGCUGGUCAGUGGAAUUCGCUGAGUAAAGGAGGAAGCAAGAUGGCAAUGAAGAAAAACAAGUCAAAGAAGAAACGAUGAUGGCAUCUGAAGGAACCCCUCUAGCAGAAAAAAACUGAAAUCAAAACUAGAAUUUGAUUGCUGUUUGCCUUGAGAUGUCAUCUAUGCAUGUAUUUCCUUAUCAUAUCCCUGGUGUUAACAUGCGAUCACACCACAUACAGCUCAGGCAUAGGGAACUCCUCGAGCAAAGAACUUAAAAAUUCUCCUCCAGUUUGAUAAUUCUUUGUCUCUACAUUUGUUUUCAUAUCAUAUCCCUGUUGUUUACCAUACGAUGUCACCACAUACAUCUGGGACUGAGUCAAUCGCAUCAAAUGAUGUGUAGGGGCAGGGGCGGAUCCAGGAUUUUCCAAAAGGGGGGGGGGCAAAUUUUUCGGAGGAAAAUUUUGACAAGCCCCCCAAAAAAAGGUUUUCAACCACAAAUUAAGGAAAGGUUUUCAACCAGAAAUAAAGGAUAUUUCGUACCCGAAAAAUUUGACAAGACCCCCCCUGGAUCCGCGCCUGUGAAGGGGAAUAGAUGUUGGUGCUAAAAACUGACAUCUUGGUUAUGUGGCCGCUGUCAUCCUUGGAAGACCUGGACACUGGUUUCAUAAAACACACCACCAAUACAAACAUUUCUAAUUUACUGGAAAAAUUUGCCCUCAGUCAGUUUACAUGAUUUCGGGACUGCAACGAAUUGCCAAUUUAUCUUGGUGCAAUCGCAUCACACGGCACACACAUCGUCACAGCUCUGCAACGUGCUGCAUCUCCUAGGCACGUCAUUUACGUGUAUGCGGUCUCUGCCGCAGCAGGGCGGCAUAUUUGAUGUGACAUCAUCUAGGACAAAUCUGAUCGACUCAAAUUAUCAAAAUCGCAGAAGAAUUUGUGCAUUUGGGUAUCCACUUCAAAAAAGUUCUGAGUUGGUUUAAAGCAGUACAGAGCAGUAUUUGUGGUCAAUAAGUAGUGAUGUACUUUUCAUAAUCUGCAAUUUUUUGCUGUCGUCUCGUUACUAUGAUAUAUCAACAUAAUCACAUAACCACUAUCGAAUAUUCAAUACCACAUAAUUUCAAUAUAGAUAGACCUCCCAGCACUAUUUGUGUGGUACUUGCUCUGUAGCCUAUGAAUCAUUAAUUUGCUUUAUUACACGAUUUCAUUUAAAUUAUAUAUAAUAUCUUUGUUUUUGUAUAAACAAUACAUUAAGUGCAUGUAGAGUGUUAUGUAAAUAUACAUGUAUUAUCAUGACUAAA